UAUGCGGUGUAUAUACCGGCCGCUAAAACAAAUCGAUCUGAGGGUCAACGGACAGUAAAACUGGCAAAUACUGCAACAAAAGUCCUGAUGGAUUCCUUGAACUCUAUAAAACAGUAUUACAGACGUGUACGAGGAACGACGAUCUUGUUCUACUCUUUUCUCGUCUUAGCAGCAGGCAGCACUACUCUGGAGGGAAAGAAAUUUACCUGUCCCAAAAAAACCGAAACAUUUGAGUGUGACGCUGCAAAAAGGGUUCCAGUAGAAUUUAACAGAGGAACAUCAUACAAGAUAAACGACCUGAAGAGUCCAAGCGAUGAAAAAGAAUCAGAAAUUUAUUGCAGAAAAAAUAUAUGUUCUGUGAAGAAAAAUAAACUCUAUGGAAGAGUUCAAAUUUUGGAGAAAAACGCCACGAGAAUGACCUUUCAGAUGAUGAACUUGAAUGAUUCUUUGCGUUUUUCAUGCGAUGUACACACCGCACCUGAAUAUCAGGUCACUGAGUUUCAUACCAAGGACUUCACAACUGUCGAAUGCGUUCGCAGUUGCAUUGGCCACAGAGUUGACUUAUCUUGUUCGAGCUUUCAACAAUUUCUUCAAACUCCACGUGGCUUGGGAGCGUUCUUGAAAAAAGCUGAUGGAUCUGAAGAUAUCACUUUCUGCAAUGAAAAAGGGAACUGCACCUGUAUGGACGGGUGUAGAGAGUACAAGGGCAGAUUGGAACCGGGAUAUAAAUCAGUAAACAUGCGAACCGUCAAGAUGGAAGACGCUGAGCUAGAUUUUAUGUUCUAUUUUGAACACGACGAUCCACGAAAACAAAAGCUCAGAGAAUGUGUUUUCAAAAUCGAUCCUGUGGUUUGUCCAGGUAAACCAACCAGAACCCUAGAAGUAAUCACAGGAAGGCCUUUACAAGAAAACGAAAGCAACAGGACAAAGCACCCGUCUACCAUCUCGCAUAAUGUCACGCCAGGAACGUUAGAAGUGAAAAGAGGGCUUUUAUUUCUGUGCUUGAUAUUGGCAAUUUUUACUUUUCCUGGAUAGUAGGUUAGGAGAAUGAAUGAACCAGAUUGAUUUCGACUCAGUCUACCGUUAUAUAUAUCCUAUCUAAGGUUCCAUUGAACUGAGACACAGGAUGUGGUUAACGAAUACUCACAACAGAUCAAAGGGUCCACGAAGGAGCCCCUACGUCAUUAGGACAAUGGGGUUCUUGUGUUGACCAAGAUGCUCUAAUAAGAUGGAACUACUGUCCUAAUGAGUAUUUCAUGUUGUUUCGUGUCAUUAUCUUGUGCAGUUUCUUCGCUCUUGAACCAUUACUGACUUGUAGCAAGCCAACUUGGGAAUAUAUAUAACGGCGGCGUAAUUUCUUCCAGUCGGUAUAUUAUAUACAGUAAGAUUUUACGCCAGUAACUAACGGCGUAAUUUCUUCCAGUCGGUAAAUUAUAUACUGUAAGAUUUUACGCCGUUAGUUAACUGCUUAAAAUCUUACAUAUAUAUACACCGACGCACAUAGUGGCGUAAAAUCUUACAGUCUAUAGACUGUGUUAGUCACAUAUUACGCCGUUAUCUAACUACC